GCUCUCGAGGCCGCUGCCGCCGCUGCCGCCGUCGCCGCGCAGAGCCGGAGCAGGAGCCACGGCCGAGAAGAGGGAGGAGGUGGAGGAGGAGGUGGAGGAGGCGCCGGACCGGGGGGAUUGUCAGUAUUUAGACAGACCACAUCAUGCGUGAGUACAAGCUAGUGGUCCUUGGUUCAGGAGGCGUGGGGAAGUCUGCUCUGACAGUUCAGUUUGUUCAGGGAAUUUUUGUUGAAAAAUAUGACCCAACGAUAGAAGAUUCCUACAGAAAGCAAGUUGAAGUAGAUUGCCAACAGUGUAUGCUUGAGAUCCUGGACACAGCAGGAACAGAGCAAUUUACAGCAAUGAGGGAUUUGUAUAUGAAGAAUGGCCAAGGGUUUGCACUAGUAUAUUCUAUCACAGCUCAGUCCACGUUUAAUGACUUACAGGACCUGAGGGAACAGAUUUUACGGGUUAAGGACACAGAAGAUGUUCCAAUGAUUUUGGUUGGCAAUAAAUGUGACCUGGAAGAUGAGCGAGUAGUUGGCAAAGAACAGGGUCAGAAUUUAGCAAGACAGUGGUGUAACUGUGCCUUUUUAGAAUCUUCUGCAAAGUCAAAGAUCAACGUUAAUGAGAUAUUUUAUGACCUGGUCAGACAGAUAAAUAGAAAAACACCAGUGGAAAAGAAGAAGCCUAAAAAGAAAUCAUGUCUGCUGCUUUAGACCCACAGUAAGCAGCAGCUCUGAGCCAGAUUACAGGAAUGAAGAACUGUUGCCUAAUUGGGAAGUGCCAGCAUUCCAGACCUUCAAAAAUUAAAUCUGAUGAAGAGGCUUCUCCUGUUUUAUAUAUUAUGUGAAGAAUUUAAAUCUUGUAUUGGUUUGCACAAACUCCCUGGAGAAAAAAAAUUGCUCUGUGUAUAUCUCUUGGAAAAUAAGACAAUAGUAUUUCUCCUUUGCAAUAGCAGUUAUAACAGAUGUGAAAAUAAAUAUACUUGACUCUAAUAUGAUUAUACAAAAGAGCAUGGAUGCAUUUCAAAUGUUAGAUAUUGCUACUAUAAUCAGAUGAUUUCAUAUUGACCUUUUUAUCAUGAUUCCUCCCUGUCAAGCACUAAAAAGUUGAACCAUUAUACUUUAUAUCUGUAAUGAUAUAGAUUAUGAAAUUUCCCCUCAAACUCAUUGCAGCAGAUAACUUUUUGAGUCAUUGACUUCAUUUUAUAUUUAAAAAAUUAUGAAAUAUCAUUCUGUCAUUAUAUUCUAAUUAAAAUUGUUUGUGCAUAAAGCUUUGGAAAAAUGGGUCUUUUAUAGGAAAAAAAACUGGGAUAACUGAUUUCUAUGGCUUUCAAAGCUAAAAUAUAUAAUAUACUAAACCAACUCUAAUAUUGCUUCUUGUGUUUUACUGUCAGAUUAAAUUACAGCUUUUAUGGAUGAUUAAAUUUUAGUACAUUUUCA